AUGACAGAAGCAUUGAAGGAGACUGUGGGUUCAGCUUGGACAAACGUCAAGCGUGGGCUAUCCAGCGCACCACCCAAUGAUGCCUACCUGGCCUGGGAUGCUGAGGGAGUCGAGAUUAUCAAGCCGGACGAGCAGGAAAAGAUUCAGCGCAUCAAAGAGGUCAUGGAGCGCAUGCAAAAGCACAACUUUGACCUUCACAGGAAAGCCUUCAGAGCAACUCACGUAAAAACGCAGGGCAUUGUCAAGGGAACCUUGAAAGUAAACCCGGAUCUUCCGGAACAUCUUCGACAAGGCAUAUUUGCAGUGCCAGGCAAGACCUACGACGUUGCCGCGAGAUAUGCGAACGAACCGUAUCUCCUUCAGCGUGACCAGGAGAAUGGUCCUCGCGGUCUAGGACUCAAGGUCUUUGGUGUUACAGGACCUCGACUGGAAGGCGUCGAUGACUCUAUCAACACUCAGGACUUCUUCUUCAACAACGCCCCUAGCAUCGAGUUGACAGAUAUCGACACAACGCUGGACAUUAUGAGUCUGCGCGAGAAGUACUUCGACGAUCCUGCAGCUUUGGGCAGGCAUCUCAAGAUGCGAACGGACCUCGUGAAGCAACAUGCUCCUUAUAUGCUUCCGAACACCAACAUCAUUUCUCAUGCCAUGUACAGCCAGUCAGCAUUUCGAUUUGGUAAAUACUACGGACACAUGGCCCUGUUCCCUGUAUUGGAGAGUCAACAAGCAGCANGACGCAAGGUCAAGAACGACGACCCGUCGUGUGUUUUGUCGGACUGGCUGUUCGACUACUUUGGCGGCAAAGAAGCCAAAUAUGAGUUCAAACUAGGAACAGAUCCUUCGCACCAUCCCACUGAAGACGGAAGUGUCGUGUGGGACGAGGCAACAAGUCCUUAUCAAUCCCUGGGUACGAUCACUUUCACUGCGCAAAACAGCUUCAGCCAGGAACGACGAGUGUUCUGGGAGGAUCACAUGUCGCUGGAUGCAUGGAGGGGCCUAGAUGCGCAUAGACCUUUGGGAGGAAUCAACCGCUUGAGGAAGGAUGUGUACCCGCACAGCAAGAAGACUAGAGACAAGAUCAACGUCUCAAAGUCGGAGGAUGUCCGCAGUGUCGAUGAGAUUCCCAACUAG